UGCUCAAGGAAAUAGAUAAAUAUUUUAGACAGUAGAUAACUAUACGUCAAAAUAACGGUAGGCAGUAAGCGUUUACCUUAAUCGUUUUGAUAAAUAAACGUAAACCAUCUACAGCACAUCUAUUCGAAUGUUGCUAUCGGUGAGAUGGGAGUAGAUGAGUGUUGAAAAUCUACUCAGCUGACACGGACAAAUAUCCCCGAUAUCCAAACGUCGUUGUAACCAGUGAAAUUUAUAAAAAGGCAAAAUUAUUUUUAAAAUCUAGUGGAUUCCUGUUUACGGCAUAUAAAGUCAUAAGUUUAAAAAAGAAUAAAACAAACAUUCGAAAUUAAGCCAUAAAAACUUCAGAUCAACUAUAUGCCACUAGCAUACUUAUUCUCAUAGCGCUCUAGCAUGUACACAUGUUCCUGUAGAAAUCCGAUCAGACAGAUCUACUUUUCCACAAUCGUCAGUGCAGCUUUUUUUACAAACAUUUGUUUGUGGUACCAUACCAACAGGCGCUUUGGUGCUUUUGUGAUGUUUUAGCAGACAUUACGGAAAACCCGCCAAAAUUUUGCCGCCAAGCUAAGUUCGCCUUACAACCGGUCAUCAGUAGGGAGCGCUGAUCCGCAAUUUCAGUGCAUAUUGCGCAUUUAGCAAAAAAAAAGACUGUUUAUUGUUAACUUUGGCACAAAAUGACAGAUACGGGAAAGUUUAACCCAAGGGAUUACGCUCAAGCAAAAGAGCGUAUUACAAGCUUCUUGUCAGAUUUCACCAUACGCAAUGAUCGCGGCAAAAAAGUGCGUGUCUACGCUGACCAAUUGCGGGACAUCGCUCACAGGGAACAGGUUGGCCUCACAAUCAGUCUCGAUGAUAUCAACGAGUUUGAUGCCGAACUAAGCGAGGCCAUCAUUGACAACGCGCAUCGUUAUGAGCGAGUUUUUUCCGAUGCGGUAUAUGACCUUUUGCCACAGAUGAAAACCCGAGACACGUUACCUAAGGACACACUUGAUAUUUACAUUGAGCAUCGUAUAAUGCUUGAGGCUCGACAGAGACAACCCGGAGAUCCCGUCCGCGAUCCACGCAAUCACUACCCGCCGGAAUUGCUCAAGCGCUUCGAAAUUGCCUUCAAACUUCCUAGCGAACACAAACUGAUAUCAGUACGGGAGUUGAAAGCACGCCUUAUUGGCAAAUUGGUCGGUGUCAAAGGCGUGGUAACGCGCUGUACCGAAGUCAAGCCGCUGAUGUCUGUAGCAACGUAUAUCUGUGACCAGUGUGGAGCCGAGACGUACCAGCCGAUCAACUCGACUCAAUUCACACCUAUCGAAACCUGUCCUUCACAGGAUUGCCGCACGAAUAAGACCGGAGGAAAACUUUCAUUACAGACUCGUGGCUCGAAGUUCAUCAAGUUCCAAGAGAUCCGCAUCCAAGAACAUAGUGAUCAAGUUCCGGUUGGAGACGUGCCUCGCACCACGGUUGUGUACGCUCGCGGAGAAAACACCCGUCAAUGCCAGCCUGGUGAUCACGUCGCAAUUACCGGCGUGUACCUUCCAAUGCUGAAGGCCGGUUUCCGUCAGCUAGUUUCAGGUCUUUUAUCAGACACCUAUGUUGAAGCUCACAGCAUUGUUCGCAUGAAUAAACUAGAGGCUGCCGAACUUCUGGAGGAGCCAUUAAGCGAUGAAGAAAUGGAGGCGAUUCAACAGGACGAUCUUUUUGAUAAACUGGCUGGUUCGAUAGCCCCCGAAAUUUAUGGCCACGUCGAUGUGAAAAAGGCCCUUCUCUUGCAGCUAGUGGGAGGUGUUGACAAGCGACCGGCUGAAGGUAUGCACAUUCGUGGCACGAUCAAUGUGUGUCUCAUGGGAGAUCCUGGAGUAGCUAAGUCACAACUGCUCGGAUACGUCACACGUCUUUGCCCACGUAGCCAAUACACGACAGGACGUGGUUCUUCUGGUGUUGGUCUGACGGCAUGUAUCAUGAAGGAUCCGCUUACCGGCGAGAUGACUUUGGAGGGAGGUGCACUAGUCCUAGCUGACAGUGGUAUCUGCUGCAUUGACGAGUUCGACAAAAUGAACGAAACCGAUCGCACGGCUAUUCACGAAGUUAUGGAACAACAGACCAUCUCCAUUGCCAAAGCUGGCAUCAUGACAACCCUGAACGCUCGCGUGUCGAUUCUAGCUGCGGCCAAUCCGUUGUACGGUCGCUACAACCCGAAGCGUACGAUUGAGCAGAAUGUUAAUCUUCCCGCCGCUUUACUCUCUCGUUUCGAUUUGCUAUACCUCAUCCAGGACAAGAUUGACCGUGAAGCUGACCAGAGAUUAGCCGCCCAUAUUACGUUCGUGCACAAGAACUGCAGCGAGCCGCCCCUCAAUUUCAGGCCAUUGGACAUGCGCCUUUUGCGCCGUUACAUCGCGACCUGUCAAAAGAUUGACCCUUUCGUCCCUGAAGACCUAACUGAGUACAUUGUUCGUGGUUAUGUUGAGGUGCGAAAGGAGGCUCGUGGUGGAGGGAAUGAUUCCACUUUCAUGUCGCCCAGGACUCUGUUAGCAAUUUUGCGCUUGGCUACCGCCCUCGCCCGCCUGCGUACUAGCGACCAAGUCGAGAAAGAGGAUGUUGAUGAAGCGUUGCGUCUGAUGGAAUCGUCCAAGGCCUCACUACACGACCGCGUCGAAGGAGCAGGCGCCAGGCGUCUUCAGACUCCUGUCGAUCGCGUUUACCAAAUUAUCCAAGAAUUCGCCUCCUCGUCUGGCUCAAGUUCGGCAAAAAUAUCUGAGCUGCUUGAUCUUUGUAUAUCAAAGGGUAUCAAGCAAGGAGAUUUCGAUAAGGCUAUCGAGGAAUACGAAGAGCUUAACGUGUGGCAGCUCAAUCAAAACGGAACUAGGUUACAAUUCGUUUAAAAUGACACGUAGUCAUGUAGCCAUCGAUUUCUGCUCUAUCCGCUGCCGAAUGCAUAGAGUAUAUUAUUACAACAAAAUCAAUAUCCCUGAUAGAAUAUGUUAUUCAGUUUUCGAGUGACGUAUAGAUUAGUCAUGUUCGCAUAAGUCAGUAUGUUCUUCCAAUCUAGAUAGCGCCCUAUUGUACACUUCAACCAACUUAUUAAUUCUUUGUGGGCGCUAGUUCGCUGGACUAACCUCAUAAAUGACAAAUAAAAAUGUAAACCAAAUAAUUUCAAGCGUCGUCUAUGCGCGUAGACUUUAGAUAAUGAUUAAAAAUAUGUCAAGCAAGAUCUGCCGUUACUAG